AUGAUGCUUUUCUUUCAAGUCAAUAAAAAAGCUGCAAAAUCAUUGGCCGAUCCGCAAGAGUGUCCUAAUUUGUUUGAGGACUGGCAGGUUUCUCUUGCCCUUGAGUUUAAAGAUGCAGAAAAUAGGGGCAUUUAUCCUCCUGUUGAUACAUACUGCGGAAAGAAAGCUAAUUUGGUGGUUGGAAAUGUGUUGCCUCUCAGAUCGAUCCCGGAGGGAGCCGUUGUCUGUAACGUCAAGCAUCAUGUUGGGGACCGUGGAACCCUCGCUAGGGCGUCUGGUGAUUACGCUGUUGUUAUCAACCACAACCCUGACAACGAUACCUCCAGGACAGUUGCAAUUUCAAGUAUGUUUUCAAUCUCUGCUUCAAGAGAUUUGGCAGGAAUUGGAACGGCAAUGAAAAAAAGGGGGAAAACAUUGGUCAUAAUUGUAAUUUCCAAUUCUUUACGCUGGGAAUAG